AUGCUUUUAUACAGAGUUGAUAACAUCAUUUUGUCAAAUUAUUUGAUCAGUAUUUAUCUCAAGUUAGAUUUUGAGUAUUCUGGGAUGUUACCAAAAGCUGAUGGUAGCGUGGAAAGAAUUAUCAACUUCAAGUACUAUGUUAGACGUUGUGAUGAUAGUGAGUGUACAUUGAAUGGAUUAAUAUUAUGGGCAAUUUAUAAACAAGCCAAUCUUGACUUAAGAAAGAAUCGUGAGAUUGAUGAAGAAUUGACAAGGAUUUGGAAAGAUGUUCUUAAACAGGAUGAUAAUGUUCUAGUUGAGACUAAUUUGAAAUUUAAUCGUGAAAUUUUUGAUGAUCUUUGUUUUGAAAGUAAUAGUGAAUAUUCAUUUAUCCCCAAUAUGAGACCAAAUUUUUAUUAUUCCAUUCAUUUAGAAGACCUUUCCAAUGGUAAUUAUGUUGCUGCAUCAAGACAGUAUCCAAUUUUCAAGUUUAGAUUGAAUAAAGAUGAUUUUGCAAAAUUCUUUCUAUCAACAAAUGUGUUGAUGGGGUCUAAAGAACAAUUAUUGGAAUCAAUAGGUGAUCAUGAAUUGUUGUUAUUCGUUCAUGAUUAUAUGAGAUUGUACAAGCUUGCAGCCUAUAAAAAUUUGAAGAGGUUUAUUACAGGAUUAUUCAAGAUUUACAAAAGUAACGUGAAGCAGAUAUCAGAAAAUUAUCGUAAUCAAAGGAUUUUAGAUUAUGGUAUGAUUAGUAUUGUUUCAAGGGCAAAACAAGAGAAUGUCGAAUAUGUUGGAUUUUUCACACUUGUUGAGAGUAUAUAA